AUGGCUGCACAGAACAAUCUCCCAGCAAACCAUUCUCUAUUUCUUAACGCGGCAGUCGCAACAGCCGAAAAAGUUUCCAAGCCACCGAGAAAUGGUGGACAGGCAAUGAAGAUUGAAGGCGACUGGGACGUAUGGAUACCUAUGUUGCCUCAACUCAGCGAACUUCCAUGGACCCUACAGGACAUUGCCAAAGUUCUUCGACUUGGCAGAACGCGGGAAAAUUUUCGCGCCAUUUCUCCGCAGGCGAUCGAGCGCGUGUCCUUCCUUUUGCAAAGGCCAUUGUUGAGGAUCAUUCGUGAGGCCAAACGACUGUCUGUUCGAUACUCCAAGUGCUCUAAACAAGAAAUUCAAACGAGCAUCCGCCUGGUUUUGUCGUUGUCAUUGGCUAAAAGUUGUCUAGCGCUGGCCUCAAAGGCGCUGUCUCUCUACUUCAUGUCGACUGACAGAUUUCGUCGGUCCAAGAGAACUCGUAGCGGGCUUAUUCUAUCCGUUGGCAAAAUGUUUCGAUGGCUGGUAAACAUGAAAGUGGCCCCGCGUAUCUAUGACGCUGGAGUCAUUUACUUGAGCGCCUGUUUAGAAUAUAUAGCGGAGGAGCUUGUGUUUAGAGCUGUCACUAAUUUAGGUAAUCUUUGUUUUCUACUCAUUUAUAAUGCUAAUUAUAGUCUGAGCAUUGAGGAGACGAUAAUUAUGUUUACUUUAGGACAAUGUUGGUAGGGAUUAACUACUGAACAACGUAUAUGAGUUAUCACGAAACAAAAGAUAAACCCAGCACCACUUAAAUUUCGGCCCUCGUUUUAGUUUAUUACUUCUUUAUUAUUUAUAAGGAGUGCCACCAUCUCUUUUAUUUGGUCACAACAGAAGAUAGUCUUGUUCUUAUAGUGCACCACCGAGUUCAAAAGAAAAUGUAAGAUCCGUGAUCAGGAUUGACAAUCACUCUAGGUAAAUUUUUUAACGUCACUUUCUUCCUGUGAAAACUAAAAUUGUCGAAAGCUCCGUUUUUAACUUGUUUUAACAAGAGAGAGCGGUUUGAAACUGUCGGUGCACAUUUCAGUAUUAGAGAAAUACAGUGAGAGCUCUCUUAACGAACACUCUCGUAGGCGGACCGCUCUACUUACAGCCGCCUUUACAAAACUCGUUUUUCUCGUUAAUAACAUCUUUUCAUUUGCUAUGUGUGAUCGUGCCACUUAGAUAUUUUUCAGUUAUCAAGUGGACAGAUAGUGACCCUAACUGACUGUGAUACAUUCUACUGAACUUCAUAGUAAACACUGUCGUUCUAAAAACGCAUGAAUUGUGAAGAAUCUGUUUGAAUUGUGUUGCAUUGUUUUGCUAAUCUUGCGACACUUUAAAUUCAGUCAGUUUGAUACAUUCGGGGCCACUGCAUAUGUACCUUUUUAGUAAUACUGACUCCGAAUUGUGUCCAGCUCGUCGACAACUCGACCUGAUUACAGACGGUCUGUGACCUUCUGUGAUUAUACGUCUGGUGGUUGUACAAAAUCAGACGUCCUCAUAUUGGGGCUGAGUCUGAUUUGUUUAUUCACAUGAUAACUCAGAGUGCAGACAGAAUUGGGUGGGACGAAGUGCUGUUAUACCAACAUACCUCAGGCGUCAUUUUAGAAAAUCACUGUAAAAGGGCAAACGUUGUCGGUGAUGAACAGUUUUGGUGUCCGGUUUUAUUUAAUGUGAUAUUUUGUUGGGUUACACCCACAGUGUGGAAACGUUUUAAGAUGGUUGACAUACAAUGAAGUUUGCUAUUUGCAAUGUUGCAGUAAAAGAAGGAGAUUCUGCUGUCGCAAAAUUGCACACAGCAGUUCCAGACGUAUGAUGCAAUUUUACCCGCGCGCGCAAUAAUAGGCAGUGUCCAGGCAGCUAAAAAGAGCCUGGAUACGGUAAUUAACACUUCAACUAACCUUCUUAGUCCAUAAUUACAAAGAAUUGCUCUCGUUCCCAAUGUGAACUUGAUAUUUUGCUAUACUCAUUUAGAGGGUAUUGAUCAAGUGACUCCCGAGGUCCUUGAGGAGUGGAUCAACUCAGAUGCUGACCUAUGGGGGAUAUUUCAGCCUUACUACCACCUGCUAUCUGGCAGAACGGUAUACGGCGUCACAGACACAAUCGAUACCUACGCUGCGCCAAAACUCAAAGGUCUGUGUUCUUUAACUGUCUUUCUUUUUGGACGAUAAUAGGUUACUUUACAUCUACGCGACUGUAAACCUCUGAACGAGGAUUUUUUCUGACAUCGAAGUUGAGAUUUGAACGAGGGAUGUGGAUCUGUAGACGGUGAGAACCUAUCUGUAGAUAUGGAUGGACUGGAUAUUCUGUGAAGUCACAAACAUGAAAACCUUUGGCGUGAAAAAAGUAUCAUUUGCUCAGUAGGCUAUCACUUUGAACUCCACUCGAAUUAGGGCUGCCCUGGAGAGUUAAAUGUUAUGGCGUGUUUAGUAUGUACUUCAGGGGAUUGUUUUAUUACAUUUGUUUUAUUAGACUUUGUAGGUGUUAACUUUAACACUGAAAAUCCUUAAAAGGAGGCCAUUAUUAGAGAAGGGCGUUUUUAAGAACUUGGGCAUUUAUAUUAGAGUAAAUACUGUAUUUAGGAUAUAUUUAAGGGAGGCUUCGUGACUCCGACCCUUGAUAAGUUUCACUUUUUUUCGCAAAUCAGCGGCCAACAGUCCUAAAGCAGGUUCGCCAAGACGCCGAGGAUUGGACAAAUACUUAACCACCACCUGUGUGACAUCAGUAGCUGAACUCACUGACUUGGUGUCACAGGCACAACAGCGGUUCUCAGGAAUGUAUCAGAGUAAAGAUAACAAGUUCAUUUCUCAGGUGGACUGGACAUCUAAAGCCUUUCACACCCUGUGCUACUUUAUGAAAUGCUCGCACCAAGACGAGGAUAUAUCGGACAUUUUGGCGGCUACAAGACGGUAUCACGAAUUAUUUCUUCGUUUCAGAAUGUUCCUUCGUGCUUUUUUUUGCUUAUUUUGUUGUCAUUUCAACUUCUUCCUACUUACAGAGCUUUGGCUUCUUGAUCAGGUUAUCUAAGGCUAUUUUCAUACCAUACCGGAGAGCUAUUCGUGCCAACACGGAAAGCUAUGCGGUUAGUAUGAACACCUAUCCGAUACAGCUGUUGUGUUCAACUUGCAUAGCUUCGUAUAAACUUCAUAAUUGGCUUUAACAUGCUUGGAUUUAAGGGAUUUUUAUAACAUAUCCAUGCAGUACCAAAAGUAGGCCCAAAUUAGGCCCCACCCACCAAUGACAAACACCUUGUUUAUUUUAAAAAAUAAGAACCUGAGCAGCCUAAUUUUCCAGUUAGCACCAUUUUAUAAAAGAACCUUCUUAGCCUAGCUUGGAAAAACUUGGGUUCUUAUACGCGGGUUUUUACUGUAUGUGACUCGCCACUUUAGAGAUCGGCGCGGUGUAGCUUCGCUCCGUUACAGAAAUCGCGCCAAAAUCACCGUUCUUAUGUGUAAACAGAAGCCCUAUCUGGUAUGGUGUUUAAGCUUGCGCAACAGCUAUCCGGUAUAGUGUGAACACCUAACUGAUAUAUGUGACUCGUCACUUAACAGAUCGGCGCGGUGUAGCUUCCCUUCGUAACAGAAAUCACGCCAAAAUCACCGUUCUUAUGUGUAAACAGAAGCCCUAUCUGGUAUGGUGUUUAAGCUUGCGCAACAGCUAUCCGGUAUAGUGUGAACACCAAACCGAUAUGUAACUCGUCACUUAACAGAUCGGCGCACUGUAGCUUGGCUCCGUUACAGAAAUCGCGCCAAAAUCACCGUUCUUAUGUGUAAACAGAAGCCCUAUCUGGUAUGGUGUUUAAGCUUGCGCAACAGCUAUCCGGUAUAGUGUGAACACCAAACCGAUAUGUAACUCGUCACUUAACAGAUCGGCGCACUGUAGCUUGGCUCCGUUACAGAAAUCGCGCCAAAAUCACCGUUCUCAUGUGUGAACAGAAGCCCUAUCUGGUAUGGUGUUUAAGCAUGCGCAACAGCUAUCUGGUAUAGUGUGAACACCAAACCGAUAUGUAACUCGUCACUUAACAGAUCGGCGCACUGUAGCUUGGCUCCGUUACAGAAAUCGCGCCAAAAUCACCGUUCUUAUGUGUGAACAGAAGCCCUAUCUGGUAUGGUGUUUAAGCUUGCGCAACAGCUAUCCGGUAUAGUGUGAACACCAAACCGAUAUGUGACUCGUCACUUAACAGAUCGGCGCGGUGUAGCUUCGCUCCGUUACAGAAAUCGCGCCAAAAUCACCGUUCUUAUGUGUAAACAGAAGCCCUAUCUGGUAUGGUGUUUAAGCUUGCGCAACAGCUAUCCGGUAUAGUGUGAACACCAAACCGAUAUGUGACUCGUCACUUAACAGAUCGGCGCGGUGUAGCUUCGCUCCGUUACAGAAAUCGCGCCAAAAUCACCGUUCUUAUGUGUAAACAGAAGCCCUAUCUGGUAUGGUGUUUAAGCUUGCGCAACAGCUAUCCGGUAUAGUGUGAACACCAAACCGAUAUGUAACUCGUCACUUAACAGAUCGGCGCACUGUAGCUUCGCUCCGUUACAGAAAUCGCGCCAAAAUCACCGUUCUCAUGUGUGAACAGAAGCCCUAUCUGGUAUGGUGUUUAAGCUUGCGCAACAGCUAUCCGGUAUAGUGUGAACACCUAACUGAUAUGUGACUCGUCACCUAACAGAUCGGCGCAGUGUAGCUUCGCUCCGUUACAGAAAUCGUGCCAAAAUCACCGUUCUCAUGUGUGAACAGAAGCCCUAUCUGGUAUGGUGUUUAAGCUUGCGCAACAGCUAUCCGGUAUAGUGUGAACACCUAACUGAUAUGUGACUCGUCACUUAACAGAUCGGCGCGGUGUAGCUUCGCUCCGUUACAGAACGUUAUAUACACCCAUAUACACCUUAUAUACUCCUUUAUCAUUCCACUAUUCUGUCAUUUUACCAUAUAAGGUCGAGAGAACAAGCAAAAUACGUGGCCGUAAUACACCGUAGUGCCCUGGUUUAACCGGUUUACAACAGGGCGAAUACCGGCGUAUGCAAAAGGAGCAACUGUGGCUGACAGAAUCAGGAUGUUUUGGAUACUCUCAUUAGAAAAUAGAAGCCAAAAUACCAUUUUUCUUUUGCAGUAAAAUAAUUAACCUCUCAUUCAAUGGUUUGGCAUAUAAUACGUGCGAACAUUUUGCUAAUUGUUAACGUCAUUCUCACAGACAGAAUCAGGAUGUCUCUGAAUACUCUUACCAAAAAAUAGAAGCCAAUUGCCGAUAAUUUUUUUUUGUAGUGGAAUAAUAAACCUCUUGUUCGAUGGUUUAGCGUAAUACGAGCGGACAUUUUGCUCAUUGCUCGUAUUUUUCCUCGCCCCUGCGGGGCUCGGAAAAAUACAACGCAACUCGCAAAAUAUCCGCACGUAUUAUAUGCUAAACCAUCGAAUAAGGUGUAUAUAUACCCUUGUAUACACCCAUAUACACCUUAUAUACUCCCACAUACACCUUAUAUAUACCCAUAUACACCUUAUAUACACCUUAUUUACACCCAUAUACACCUUGUUUACAUGCACCCAUAUACACCAUACAUACUCCCAUAUACACCUUCUACUGUACACCCAUAUACACCUCAUAUACUCCCACAUACACCUUAUAUACACCCAUAUACACCUUAUAUACACCUUAUUUACACCCAUAUACACCUUAUUUACACCCAUAUACACCCAUAUACACCUUAUAUACUCCCACAUACACCUUAUAUACACCCAUAUACACCUUAUAUAAACCUUAUAUACUUCCAUAUACACCUUAUUUACACCCAUAUACACCUUAUAUACUCCCAUACACACCUUCUAUAAACCUUAUAUACGUCCAUAUACACCUUAUAUACACCCAUAUGCACCUUAUUUACACCCAUAUACACCUUAUAUACACCCAUAUACACCUUAUAUAAACCUUAUAUACACCCAUAUGCACCUUAUUUACACCCAUAUACACCUUAUAUACUCCCACAUACACCUUAUAUACACCCAUGUACACUUUAUUUACACCCAUAUACAUAUAUACAUUAUAUAUAUAAUAUACACCUUAUAUAUUUGAAGUUCUCGAGUGCCACUGUUUGGAAUUUUUGGAAUUUUUUUGUUUCUGUUAUUGUUCAACAAAAAGAAGAUCGAUUCUUGAUAAUAGUGGCCUUCAAAUGGCGCCAUAAGUUGCUGAGAAGUGCGGCGUACAGCAAAUUAUCCAAUAUACAGGUACAAAAUAUUUUUACGACGCCAAGAACAAGAAUAUGCCACUUCCGACUUCCAAAAACUCUCACUUUCAAAACGAGGACAAGUGCAAAACCUUUCUUGUGAAAAUAAGUUUUACUUGCACGCAUGUUUUUCAUACAUUCCUUACGGUACUGCUUGAGAGAAUUUGUUCUAACAUCACAACAUUUCAUCUUUGGUGAUCAUUUCAGUAAUUCUCAUGACCUGUCUGUUUGAUCAGGCAGUGUUGUUGUUGGGAGGAAUUGGAUGUGGGUCACUAUUGAGGCUUAAAGGGUUAAUGUUGUUUUGUUACAGGGCGCAUUCCCAUCUUCCUCCUCUGGUUGAGUGGUUAAGGGUCGUUUCACUGCACUCUGAACACCGGGACAGCGGUUUGGUUGAUGAUGACGACGUUAGACAAGCGGCAAGGCUGUUACUGCCGUUUAAUGACUGUGAGCCAAGAUCUUUUUGGUGAGUUUUUCUUUUCUCGUCUCCCGUUGUCUCCCAGAUUUACUGGAAAGUCCAACAGAAACAGAAGUAAGUAGGUCCAGCAUGAUCGUUCGGGUGAACGUAGUCCUGAAUAGGACUGUUGUGGACAAUAACUAACCUGUCGACAACCUGUGCGGUAGUCUUCUUCAGAGUCAAAAUGAGUUGUAUCACGUCGGUAGCCAGAGUUUAAUACCAUCAACUGACGUGAUACAACUCACUUUGACUCUGAAAAUGACUACAACGUCUGUCACUAUCAACAACAGUCCUAUUCAGGACUAUGUUCACCCGAACGAUCAUGCUCAACCUUACAAGGCUAAUACAAAAUUUACCUACAUUUGGUUUAUCAUUUGAAUAGGCUGCAGUAAAUAGACUGAGAAGUUAUUAAUCCCCCUCCCCUGUUCCCCAACGGUGGCCAAGCUACAUUAUCAACUCAGUUAAACGAAAUCUUUGUAUUUCACUCCCCCGCCGCACACAACAACACAGUUUCCUCAGAAAAAAUCCCUUCAUACAAAAAUUAGCUUGUAAGACAGAAUUAUCAGCCCUAUCAGCCUCGCAUAGGAUAUUUUUCGUGUUUUGUCCGAAACUAUUUCUUCUCUGACUGGGGUCGAAAAACACUGAAACCACAGAACGCCAGCUUUGUAGAGAGUCUGUCAAUAUAUUUUGUAAUUAUAUACCAAAAUUCAAAGUGAUCGGAUAUUUCAGUGCCCCCUUUUGGCAAGAUUGAGCUCCAUUUUGUUUGAUUAUUACAAAGUGCAUCCAUCAUGGUUGAUCAAUGAUGCCUGUUUGUGACGAGCUCACGAUUUUGUUUCCUUAUCUUUGCAUCUGGUUGUUUUCUAGUGCUGGCGAGUCGUUAUGCCUUCCCAGGUCCCUUUCACCCGCAGCAACGGUUGUCAGCUUUCACCAAGACGUGGGCCUGCGCAUGCUCUUAAGCAGCAGAAGUGAUAUAAUACCGCAGGCUCUGGCAAUGUUGGGACCCGAAAAAGUCAACGCUAUUAACAUUCAGGUAUAAUUUAGCAACUACAACGUGAUUAACUUGGUCAAAAAUAGCCUAGGUUCAGUUAUGAUAGGGUUACGGUUGACUAAGGUUUGAUAGGUUUGAUCAACCUUUCCUUUUCACGUGUAAAUCUUGCUCUCUCUCUCAAUCUAACUAGCAGUUACUCAGAGUGAUAACCGUAGGGUGGAUGUAACGUUGAUGCAGAAGUUCUGUUUUUAGCAACUUCCAUUCGCCAUUUAAGAAACGAGGAGAAAUCUGUGCCUAGUUAGCUGUCGUAAAGACUUCUGGGAUCGUUACUGGGGACGCGCCGGUCAGCUAUUGGCCAUUUUUUCCCAGUCUCCAGUAACAGUCCCAGAAGUCUUUGCGAAAGUUAAUUUGACCCAGUUUUCUUCUCGUUUCUAAAGUGAAGGAUUUAAAACUAAACAUGUCAUUCAACACCUUUCAUCGCAGAGGUUUGAAUACUGGAGGUAAUGCCCAACCGGUUUAGACUUGCUAGAGUUUGGCGCGCGGGAAGUGGGGGCGGGGGGAUUAUAAUACUUCUAAUUCCCUAACAUCACUGUCUGGUCUCAAAUAACAAGGGUAUGACUCCGUUGAUGUGCGCAUGUGCGGAUGGUAACGAGGCUCUUGUCAAGACGCUUAUCGAGCACCAUGCCUUGCUGGAUACACAGGUACAACAUAAAUUGUCAAGAAAAACAACACAAUUUCCGAGAUUUAGUUAGCUUAGCCACCCUAAAUGCUAGACAGGGUAAGCUUCCUUCUUGGCGCAUUAUUUUAGGCGGGCUAUCCUUGACGUUUUGUCAUGUAGUGGUUUGGCCAUGGCUUUCCUGGCUAUUCAAGGUGAAGGCCUCAAAAACAUGGUGAAUUGGCAACGUAACAUUCAAGUUGAGAAUAUCUCAAAUUAGGAUAUUAACAAUAAUAAUAACAAUAAUAAUGAGUUUUUGUAAUGGCUUUCGUCAGGUGCCCAACAAUCAGCAGAUUUAUCCUUUGCUUAAUCUUGAGGUCAAGUCAUGGACCGCUCUGUGCUUUGCCGCAGUGAAAGGCCAUGUUAAUAUUUGCCAGGUAAGAGUAAUUUUGCAGAAGUGGUAAAUGGCAUCCGAAUAUUAGCCUGUGUACAGACGCCCCCCUCCGCUGAGUAAAAAAUCGGGGAGAGAGGCGUCUGAAAAUCACCGUCGUUAAUCUGUUCCGGUAUACAUUUGCAUAAAGUAUUUUUUGUUGUUGUUUUUUCUCUGGCGGUUGCAAAGGUGUUGACAGACCAACACGACUCUGGAUUCUUGUAAAUCACGUAGACAUUUCAUCAUCUUGGGUGUAGGCUUUAACUAAAAUAUCUAGCAAAAAUUUUUUUUAUACAGAGUAAGACUCUGACAAGACUCUAACAAAUACAUUUUCUUCCAUCUCUUUUAGCCGAUAAAGCUGGUCUGUUUCCUAAGCAUCGAUUUCCUUUUGUUUGGGGUUGAGUUCACAUAGACCAUAAUGCACCUUGUUUAUCCCCAUAAUUUUGCAUAACCAUUAUCGAUUUCUCUUAAAACGACUGUAAUACCCAGAGGAAACUUGGGAACAGUGAUUAUGCAUUUUUUUUGAAGGGGGGGCGUUGGGGGUCGUUGACAAGGUCCAUAAGGGUUUAUGUGAAAAUUGUGAAUUGCUGUGCUGUUAAUGGGAAUCUGGAAGUUAAAUACGCUCUUACCCAGUAGAUUUAACCUGGACGUUGGAACAAGUCGAAAUGGGGCAACAGAUUGUGGAAUACUAUAUCAUGGUCAAUUAUAAGUCGUUCGUUCUCUUGUAUACCAAAGAAAUGUUAUGGAUCAGAUAUUCUACGUCGAUAUUCUUCUCUACGAGCACAUAAUCCCCAUAUAUUUCAUUGUUAUUCUGGUAGUUACAAAUGGUUUUCCCCAUUAGAUUCUCUUAGACGCCGGAGCGAGUCCGAACGGCGCAAUGGAUUACGGAAGGGAUCAUCAAGCCGAGACACCAUUAAAGCUGGCGUCCGCUGCAGGUAAACAGAGCCAGUAAUUUUGUGGUGUGCACUGUAGUAGUUAUAUAAUGAGCUAUUCCCGCUCACCCCUCAUUACUUUUAAGUUACCCCCCUGCUCAACCCUGUUUCGCAAGGGGGGUACCUUAAAUUUACGAGAUUAGCGGGUAUAGCUCAUUAUAUAACUACUAUAAAAAUAAACAACCAGAGUGAUUCAAAAAAUAAAAUUGAUUUUUAAAGAAAUAAAAUAUUAAAAUAAUAAAGGCUAUGGCUGAUUACUCGAGUUUAUCAAUAGCUGAAUUAAAACAAAAAUUAAACCAGAAAAAGAAAUUACUAAGAAAAAAUUAUAAAGAAAAACUAAUUCGUGAUAUUAGAAAAAUAGAUGAAAUAAAUCAAAAAAUAAAAAAAGGUGUUAAUAUUAAAAAGAAACCAAAACCCAAAAAGAAAUUAAAAACCAAAAAGAUAAAAACGUUUGAUGAGUAUUUUCAAGAAUGCAUUAAAAAUAAAAAGAUUCCAGCAGAUACUCCUCCUUAUUUUAGAAAGGCUCUUGAGAGAGCUAUCAAAGAGCAUAACCAAGGACUUGAGAAAGUGAAAUCAGCUUUAGAAGAUUUUGCUAGCAAAUACACAAUAAAGGGAGAACCUGGAAUUACUCCUUUAGAGUUUUUUGAAAAUAAAAAAACUAUUAUUAAAAAUUUUCUUAGAAAUCAUAGAAAUACAAAAGUAAAAUUUAUCUUGGUUUGUAUUAUGGGAAAAAUGGAAGUAGGCCCGCAACAAAGAUUUGAAGUUGAAGACAGAGCAUUUUUUCAUUCAGAAACUUAUAUUAAUCUUGUAUCAACUGAUGUAAAAGUUUUUUAAAAAAAAUUAUCCGUAACAUCGCAGAUAAGAUCUAUGUCUAUCAACAGAAUGGUAGCGGGUGGUAUUUUAAAGAAGUAAAUCAACUUGAGAUUCAUACCGUUGAAUUUGAUCCUUUGAAAGGCUCAUCCUACAUUCCUCUCCCAGAUUGGAUUAUGAGGAAGAAAGCUAUUGUUAGUAUUAUGAAUAAAGAUGAUAAGUGUUUCUUGUGGUGCAUACUACGUUAUCUUCAUCCAAGAGAGAGGAAUGAUAGACGUUUAGCAGAUCUAAAACAAUAUGUGCAUGAGAUUAAAAUUCCAAAAGGAUUCACUUUUCCAGUUAAAACCAAUGAUAUAACAAAAUUUGAAAAUGCUAAUCCAGACAUACCAGGCAUAAAUGUAUUCUCAGUUAAUUCUAGAAAAAGUUUUAUACUUUAAGGUUAGCAUUACGUGAUCCUCAAAAUUCAAUAGAUUUAUUUCUUUAUGAGGAGAAUGGGAAAUGCCAUUAUUCACUGAUUAAAAAUUUUUCUCGGUUAUUAAGAUCGCAGAUUACAAAAAGAACAGAUGAACCAAUUCAUAUUUGUAAAAGAUGUCUCAAUGGAUUCACAAAAGAAUCAUUAUUAAAAAGACAUAUUUUUUAUUGUAAGAAUAAUGGGACAGCUUAUGUUAGAAUGCCAGCUCCAGACAAAACGACUUUAAAAUUUGUAAAUCAUCACAAACAACUUCCUAUUCCUUUUGUAGCUUAUGCUGAUUUCGAGUGUUUUACUAAACCAAUGAACACUUGCAGUCCUAAUCCAGAAAAUUCUUAUAGAUAUGACUAUCAAAAACAUGAACCAUCAGGGUUUUGUAUUUUUAUUAAAGGAGUUGUUGAUAAAAAAAUAAAGCCAAUUACUUAUACUAAAAAAGAAGAAGAUGAUGAUGUAGCGAGAAUAUUUAUAGAAAAAAUUUCAGAAUUAACAAGAGCUAUUUAUUACGAUUUCUAUUGUCAGCCAAAACCUCUUAAACUUACCCAAGACCAACAAAAAUCAUUUGAUAAAGCGAAAAUUUGUCAUAUUUGCAACACGGAAUUAUUAGAGGAUAGAGUUAGGGAUCAUUGCCAUUUUACAGGUCAGUAUAGAGGUGCUGCUCACAACAAGUGUAAUCUUAAAUGUAAAAAACCAAGAAUACUACCAGUUAUAUUUCAUAAUCUUCAGGGGUAUGAUUCUCAUUUGUUUAUAAAGCAACUGGCAAGCUUACCAGGAGAAUUACGAUGCAUUCCAUCUACUGAAGAGAAAUACAUUUCCUUCUCUAAAUAUAUAAAAGUUGGUGAGUACAGAUCAAGAAAAACAGGUAAAAUGGUUUCUUUAGAUUUUGAAAUUCGUUUUAUAGAUUCAUAUAAGUUUCUUCAAACAUCUCUUGCUAAUCUUGUUAAAAAUUUACAAAAGAUGAUUUUUAUAAUACAAAACGAGAGUUUAAGAAGAAUGUAGAUCUAAUUACUCGUAAGGGAGUUUUUCCUUAUGAUUAUGUUUCGAAUCUUAGUAAACUAACAGAAACACAGCUUCCACCAAAGGAAGAAUUUUAUUCAAAGCUAAAUGAUGAGGAUAUAAGUGAAGAAGAUUAUUAUCAUGCUAUUCGAGUAUGGGAUACUUUCAAUUGUAAAACAAUUAGAGAUUACCACGAUCUUUAUUUAAAAUCCGAUGUGCUACUUCUCGCUGACGUGUUUGAAAAUUUUAGGAAAACUUGUAUGAAACAUUACAACCUUGAUCCAGCUCAUUAUUACACAUCGCCUGGUCUUGCUUGGGAUGCUUGUCUUAAAGAAACAAAACAGGAAUUGCAACUACUUGAUGAUUACGAUAUGUUAAUGAUGUUUGAAAGGGGAAUACGUGGCGGUAUAUCUCACAUAUCAAAGAGAUACGCUGAAGCUAACAACAAAUACAUGAAAUCUUUUGAUACCCAAAAAACUUCAACAUACAUUCAAUACCUCGAUGCUAAUAAUCUUUAUGGUUGGGCGAUGUCACAAAAUCUUCCAACACAUGGGUUUAAAUGGAUGAGAAAUCUUACUAAAGAUAAAGUUUACGAUAUUCUUGAAAAAAUAAACCAUAGCAUGUCAAAUCGAGGAAAAAUAGGGUAUAUAUUUGAAGUUGAUUUGGCCUAUCCUGAAAAACUAUGGGAAACACAUAAUGAUUAUCCUCUUGCACCUGAAAAGAUGAAUGUUAAUGGGGUUGAAAAACUAAUUAGCCAUUUUAAACCAAGAAAAAAUUACGUUGUCCAUUACCGAAAUCUUAGGCAAUAUCUUGAAAUGGGAAUGAGGAUAACUGCAGUUAAUAGAGGAAUAUCUUUCGAGCAGUCCCCCUGGAUGGAGCCUUAUAUAAGAAAAAAUACAGAAUUGCGUAAAGAAGCCGACAACAGUUUUGAGAAAGACUUUUUCAAACUUAUGAAUAAUUCAGUUUUUGGCAAAACAAUAGAAAACAUUAGAAAAAGACAAAAUAUAAAACUGGUUGAUAAUCGUAAAACAGCUCUCAAACUUUCAAAAAAGCCUAACUUUGAAAGAGCUACAAUUUUUGAUAAAAAUCUAAUUGCAGUCCAUAUGAAAAAAACAGAGAUUUAUUUUAACAAACCAGUAUACGUAGGACAAGCAAUAUUAGACUUAUCCAAAACAUUAAUGUUUGAUUUUCAUUAUAAAUAUAUACAACCAAAAUAUGGAAAAAAAGCUGAGUUACUUUUUACGGAUACUGAUUCCCUUAUGUAUCAAAUUCAAACAGAAGAUUUUUAUAAAGAUAUAACAGCUGAUGUGGAAUCCAAGUUUGAUACAUCAGAUUAUCCAAAAGAUCAUCCAUCUGGAAUUCCAACAGGGUUAAACAAAAAAGUAAUUGGAAUGUUCAAGGAUGAAGUUGCAGGAAAGCAAAUAACACAUUUUAUAGGCCUCCGCCCAAAGCUUUACAGCUUUAAAAUAGAAGAGGGCAAAAAUGUUAAGAAGUGUAAGGGAAUAAAAAAGUCUGUGGUUUCAAAAGGAAUUACAUUUGAGCAUUAUUUUGAUUGUUUAUUCACGGGGGAUAAACAAAUGCGAAGUAUGAAAAUAAUACAAAGUAGGUACCAUGAUAUAUAUUCCAAAGAGGUGAAUAAAAUAGCUCUUAGCUGCGAAGAUGAUAAAAGGAAGGUAUUAGAGGAUAAAAUUCAUACUUUGGCAUUAAGAUGAAAAAAUAUUUAAAAAUUAAAAAACUAAAAAAUAAAUGAGUUACUCAGACCAAUGCGGCGUAGCAGCAGGGGGUGUUGAGGGGUGCCCAAGGGCUUGUACGCAGCCCCCCUUAUCAGAAGAUCAAAUAAAAAAAUAUUUGGAAAUUUUGCAUAAUUACACCAAAAAUAACUUAGAUGAACCAAAAAUGCAGCCCCAAUGUUCAAAUUGUGAAAACAGUGAAAAUUUCACGAUAUAUCAAGGUUACAAGAUUUGUGAAGAAUGUGGAAUAACAAACGGACAUGUAUUAGGUUACUUUGAUCCAAAAGAGUACGACAGAUUAUAUUUCAGGAAGAAAAGUGUUUACCAGAGGAAAUACUAUUACGAGAAAAAGAUAAAACAGAUUCCAAAUUUGUCAGGAGAGGAAAAGGAUGAAUUAUACAGAAAGUUAAUGGAAAUAGAUGAGAAAGUUAUGAAAAAGGUAAAUAAAAAGUUCAGCCGUAAGAGAAUGAUUAAUGUCUUUUAUGUCGCAAAUAGAAUUUUGGGGGAAAUAGGCUCAAAAAACAAAAUUUCACUUAAUAUUUCAUCUCAAACAAAAGAAUAUUAUGACAAAUGGUGGGAAAGUUAUCUUGAACUAAGAAAGUAAAUUUUAUAUCAAUGAUAUAAAAUUUUAAUCUUGAACCACCCCAGAAUGGAAAACCCAGUAUAAAAUUCCUGUUAAGUAUCCAAUAACCUCAUUUUCUUGAAAACCAGAGUCAAAAACAUAAACACAGCCUCUUCCAAGUUUGUAUUGGUUCCAGAAAGAUCUAAAACCUAGAUUGAAAAUCAUAUGAUUAGCCAAUAUUCCAGAUUUGGUUCUUAUAGUAUGCCUGUAAUGAGAAAGAUUGUAAAUAAUCCUAUUCAAGUCCAUCACUUGGCUAAAAUAUUUUGCGUAUAAAUACUCAUGAACAAGACAAGCUUUAAUAAAAUUGUCGUUAUAAAAUUGUGAUUUAACAGCGGGAAAGCGGAAAUUAACGUAGGCUACUAUUUCCUUUAGCAUUUUUUUAUAUUAUGCUUGUAUAAAAAAAUGUGACUUAACGAAAUAAUUUAUAAGAUAAAAAUGAAAAAUUUUAUUUUAGCAAAUGGACAAAAGUUUUUUAUACAUCCUUUAUAUAAAAAAUACGCGGCAAAUGAAGAAGGUGAAAUUAUUCAUGUUAAACUAGGAAAACCAAGAAAGGGAAAUCUUGUUCAUGGUGGUUAUUUUCAAAUUAGUAUAUAUAUACAAGAAAAUAAGAUUAAAAAAUAUUCUUCUCAUAGAUUCGUUUACGAGUGCUUUUAUGGACUAAUUGAAAAAAACAAACAAAUAAACCACAUCAAUUCUGUAAGAGUGGAUAACAGAAUAAAAAAUUUGGAAGUCGUCAGUGCAAGUGAAAACUGUAAAAAAGCCGCAGCCAACAAAGAGAUUGGUUUUUAUCGCAAAAAUCCAAAAAAGGUAACAGCCGUAAAUUUGAUAACAAAAAAAGAAACAAAUUUUAAAAGUUUAUACUCUGCUGAAAAAAUGCUAGGAAUAAAAAGAGCUCAAGUUAGUAUGAUAUGCGAGGGGAACAAUCAUUGUAAAACAGCAAAUUCGAAGGUCGAUGGCUGUAAAUAUUCUUUCCGUUACAUUUAGAUUUCAAUAUUUUCUUGGUAUUGAAAUUAGCUCAAGGAUUUAAUUUCAUCUAGAUAAUAAAAAAUUUUUAUAAAUUCCUGGCACUUUUUCUCAUCUUCUGCGCUAACUCCCUCCAUUUUGGAAAUCUUAUGGCAAAGGCUCAUCGCAUAAUCAAGACAAAUUUGGUCGUCGAUGCUAUAUUUCUGUUCCAUUUCUUUUACCAAAUCUUUUCCAACAGAAGAUAGCGUAUUUUCAAAAUUUUUUAUAAAACUUUUUUUUAAAUUUCUCAACUCCUCCAUUUAUUACUUGCUUAGAUUAUUUAUGGGGGAUCUUGUCACCCCCUUAUCCGUAGUUUUCCCAAUUAGUUGGAGGAAAGGCUGUUUUUUCCAUUUAUCUAGAGAGGGAGGGGGUGUUCCCCUUAUUAUAAACUUCUUGUUAUAAUUACUAACAAAUCUAUCCGAUAAAGGAGUUUGGUCAAUUAUCAUUUCAUCUAUCAGUUUCAUCCUAUCAACAAACUCUUGUUUAUCCCAUUCAUCUCCUCUAAGAGCUGAUCUCAGUUCUACCAAUACCUUUUCAUAAGUCGUAAAUGCGAUCUUUGUCAUUUCAAUUUUUCUCUGGGCAUUUUCUUUCUUUCCAAUACCCGCAACAAUAAUGCCAGCACCAUUUAUAACUCCUAAGACAACAGGAUUAAGAGUUAUUCCUCCGGCAAUUGUUCCUAUAGUUACAAGGCUUAUCCCAGUUAUAGUUAAAACAUUAUCAAGAAAUUUAUAACUUUUGUAACAAUUUUUAAAACACCAAAAUUUCUUGUGGUAGUGCUUAUAAAAAUCUUUUAGAGUUUCAAUAUCUGAUUCUGACAGAGAUUUAUCAAUGUGAUUGAACUCAAAGAUGUCUUGCAUUUUAUCCUUCAUUUUAUCCUUCAUUUUAUCCUUUGCGUAUAUUAUGCGGCGUAGCCAAGGGAGGGGGGUCAUAGGGGGGAACCGUAGGUUCCCCCUAUAAAACAUAACUUCCAUUUAACUUUUCUUGUAGCAUAACUUUAUGAUAUUGCCCAGAACUAGUGUCGUAAAAGUUUGGUGAAAACAUUAUUUUACUUAAAAUUCCAUCUUCAGUAUUAAACAUAAAAUCUUGUUCGCGGGUGUAUCUAACGGAUUGUAAGCUUAAGAUUGCGCUGUAGUUACUUAUUUUAACUUUUGUAAUAUUUUGGCUAAAAUCUUCUGCCAACCAUAUAACAAUUUUUUUUCCAUUAAAAUCACUUGGCAAGGUUAAUUGACUUCUUUGUUUAUUAACAACUAAAAAUAAUAAAUUACCAACUGAAGAAUAACGUAAUGUUAAUAAAAUACUUCGACCACUUGUAUCUCUUUUAUAUAAUCCAAAUGAUCUAUUUCUCCAGUGAUAAAAUAUUAAGCAUAAAGUAUAUUUUGUAAUAUUAUCAGGAGGAGAAAAACUAAUAUUAUAAUUGUUAACAUUUAGACCCUCUUUUUUUAUAUCGUCUAUGGUUCUAAGAGGUAUACCUAUUUCUCUUAAAGUAUCACCACUACUUGAAGAUAAAUAUCUGAAAACAAUACCUGAUGAGGUUCUACUCAAUUUGUAAUUAGUGGCAUUAGUAAAAUCGUAAACAUCUUCGAAAUAACUUCUGUAUAAAUCAUUUAUAGUGUGAGGUUUUAUUUCCUUUACCAUUCCAACUGUUGCUGCGCUAUUAACAUUAUUUCUAUCAAGAUUAACAUUUAAUAUUUUUUUAUUAUUUGCAUUUAUAUCAACAUUGAACACAACUUCUGUUGGUUUGAUAUCAAAUGCGGUGUGGUAGUCAUAAACUUUAUCCGGAUCGAUAUUGCUAAAUGUUCCCACAAUUCCGUAAGUGACUAAAUAAACACCUGAAAACUGACUCGGAUAAGUAGCCAAGUCAGUUCCAGUUUGUGGUAUAUCAACCAAAAAAUGAAGAAAGAACUUAUUACCAGUUGACAACUUCUUAAAAUUAACUAUUAUUCUGUGAUAAUACAUAAAUGCUACUCGACCAUUUGAUUGUGUGUACCUAUGUGAUAGUUUCCUCACACUAACAUUUCCAAUUGAUAAUCCUGUUGAAGUUUCUUUGUUUACACUUAUUUGAGACUUAUGCCAUAAAGCGUAUUCAGUGUUGAGUAUUUCCAAACACAGUGUGUAUUCGGUAUUAGCAGUUAACCUGUAAAAGUUGAUUCCCAUUUUGUACUUAUAGCCACCUUGGGAAUAUUUGUUUAUACCCAGAAAAAUAACUUUGUGGUUAUAAUCGUGAAAGUUUCCUUGGUUUGGUGCUAAAUCCCCUAUUUUUUUUAUAACAAAACUAGUUCUAUCAUCUAUUUCAUCAGUCCAUUGAGCUGCGCUUGACAUAAGAUAAGCAAACUGGUCGUUGUAAUGACUUGGUUGAACUGCUGUAUGAUGAACCAGUUUGUCAGCGUAAACUUUAUUUACCGCGUCAUUGUCUUGGGUUGGUUUACUAAGAUUUAUUAUUUUAUUAUUACCAAGAUUAAGGUUCCCAGUCAUAGCAACGGUACCAUCUUUUUCUAAAUAAUCGCUUAAAUCUGGAUCACCUGUGUUAUCAUCCACAUACUUUUUGGUUGCGGCGUCUGUGUUUGAUGUUGGAGUUUUGAGACCAACUAUUUUUUUUUCCAAGAUUUAGGUUAUUAGUCAUUGAUACACUUCCAUCUUUUUUUUUAUAAAAGAACUGGUAUCAGGUAUUGAGUCAUCAACAUACUUUUUGUUUGCGCCAUCAGUGUCUGAUGUUGGUGGUCUAAGGUUAACUAUUUUUUUAUUAUCCAUGUUUAAAUUAUUAGUCAUUGUAGAUGAACCAUCACGGGCAACAUACUUUAUAUCUGUAAAAGCUAAUGGUGUUGGUUGAUUAUUACCAUUUGGAGCUGGUAGAUUAAAUAUUCGAUUAUUAGCCAUAUUGAUAUUACCUUUCAUUGGGUAAGAUCCAUCUCUAUCAAGAAAUGUAUUGUCAACAUAAUCUUUUGUUGGGGGUUCUUUUCCAUCCAGUGGAUCGCUAAGAUUUGUAAUUCGGUAUUGAUCUCCCAUAUUAAUGUUAGAAUCAACUGUUAGCCUUGAAGUAGGUACUGAUUCACUUGAUUUAUCAUCCACAUACUUUUUGGUUGCUGCGUCAUCAUUAACUGUUGGUGUGCCAAGUUUGAUAAUUUUAUUAUUAUUCAUGCUUAGAUUACCAAUCAUUGUAUAUGAACCAUUUCUGUCGAGAAAUGUGCUGUCUGCGUAUUGUUUUGUGGCUGGCUCAUCUGCAUCAACCGGGCUUUUUAGGUUAAGAAUACGAUAUUGGUCCUUCAUAUUAAUGUUUGAGUCAACUGUUAAUCGUGAUGUUGUCGGUGUACCACCAGAAUUGUCAUCAACGUACUUUUUUGUAGCAGCAUCAGUAUUAUUACUAGGUGCUCCAACAUUUGUGAGUCUUUUUUUAUUCAUAUCAUAAUUACCAUCUGCAGUUAGACUAAAUCCAACUCCUGGAGCACCCUGAAUUCCUUUAGCAAAAGGAUGAUCAAAAGUUUGUUCGUUGAAUAUUCCCAUUUUUAUUAUUAGUUUAUAUUACCAGUAAAAUUUUUUGCAAUGCGUUUUUUUGGUUUAUCAACGUAUAGAAAUGAAUACGGUUUUUUAGUUGCUGUGUGGUAAUAUUCUUUAUUAACUCCUAAUUCGGAUGAUAUGCGAUUUGCUUCUCGCGAUGACGGAAAUUCAUAAAGGCAGUAGUGAGAACAAUUCAAACGGAUAUCUUUUGGAGUUUUGUAAAAUGAUUGACUGAGAUACACCACAGAACAAUUUUUAUGUCGUCCUUGAAUGAAAUAAUCAAUCAGACACCUCUGGUUUUUAUCACAAACGUAAUCGUCAAAUAUCACAAGUUUUUGAUUGUCUUCGUAAUCAAUUUCUGUAACCGGGGUUAUUUCAUCGUUACUCACAUGAAGUAUUUCAUAUCCAAUUUUACUACUCAACUCCCUCAUUUUUUUUAUGAGUUUUUGAUACUUAUCCUGUUCAAGAUUACGUGCGUAAAGAUAAAUCUCAUCGUAAUGCAACAGUGGUUUGAUUAACAUAUGAUAUAACAAAUUAGUCUUACCACUUCCACUGUUUCCACAGAUUAACAUUCGAAACGUAUCCGCCGGCAUAAAAGGAAAUAACUGUUUAUAUUUUUUAUCAAUGUCAUCGGCGCUAUCAUAAUUUGGAAUUUCCAUUUAUCUAUUUAAUAGAUAAAAUGGAUAUAGAAGAAUUCAAAAAAUUUGCAAGAAAUAAAAUUGAAGCUGACGCUUUGACUCAACAGGUUAGAGAUGUUAUAAAAACAACAAAAUGGCAAAAACAAGAUAUGCGGGAAGGAUUUAAAGAGACAUUUAAACCACUUAUUAAAUCUCAAGAUUCUAUUAAAAAAAGUAUCGACGAACAACAAAACGCGACUAUAGCACAGCUUAAAAAAAAUCAACUUGCAUUAACAUCAGGAUUGGAAAAAGUUAAUGAAACUAAUUUAAGAUUGGCUGAAAUGUCCGAAUUACCAGCUUUGGAAGGUGAUUAUGAAGAAGCAGCAGCACCAUCAACAUCUAGACCAAGAUCACCUACACGUUAUAACAUUGAAAAAAAUCUUGACAAUGUGGAUUUAGGAGUACUGAAGGAUAUGGGCUACCCAAGACCAAGUUUUUUUUUGAUACUAACCCUGAACGACUUAGAGAAAUACGUGAUGAAGUAAAAAUGAUGUAAAAGUUACUACAGGACAAAUAGCUGGUUUGAAGAGAAAAAACAAAAACAGAAGAUGAAAAAAUGGAAAUAGAAUUUAUUCAAAUGCAAAAAGAUUUACUACAUAAAUACAAAAACAUUCUUGAACUUUAUUUAGGUUCGCUUGAGUAUAAAAUGGGACAAGGAAUGAUUUACUAUAACAACCCACAUCAACUUCUAAACAGACUUGAAUUACUUGGUGGUUCAAUUCUAGCUGGGAAUAAUGGUGUGAUACCUGAGUUUUCUCAAAUAGCGCAUCUUCUAAACCAAAUGAAAGUGAUCUCAAAAAAACAGCUAAAUGACUUGUUGAAAACUUAUUUAUAAUGGGGGGAUUGCACAAGCCCCUUCGGGGCACCCCACCCAAAACCCCCCUGCUGUUAAUGUAAACAUAAGAUAAAAUGGAAGAACGAGCUAUUCACAUUUCUUCGAUAAACAGAGAAAAAAGAGGAACAAGCAGACCUGGUGAUUUUACUAUCAAAUUUAACCCAACUUUGAAACUUGACUCUGAAAAGAAACAUCAACUUGCUCUUGAUCGAUUGUCCAUGACUUAUUCUUGGUACAACAUUAGAAGUGAUUAUAAAAACAAUAAAAUCAAAUACACUCAUGAUGGAACCAACUGGCAAACAAUUACUUUUACAGAUGGAAUGUAUUCCUACUCAGAUAUCAAUGAUUACAUUCAUCAGUACAUGGAUCAAAAGUCUCAUCACACAACGGAUUCUAAAGGUUCAAAGGAGUAUUUAAUCAAUUUGACUUUUGUGUUAUCUACCUAUCGAGUUCUCAUAUCACUUGAUGGUGAUUAUCAACUUGAUCUGAGAGGAACAGAAUUUGGAGACCUAAUUGGUUUUGAAAAGAAACUCAUAACAAAAACAGAGUAUGGAUCAAAACUACCAAAUAUCACAAAUUCGAUUGAUGUGUUAAAUAUCAACACAACCGCAAUAACAGAUAGUAUAGUAAAUGGAAUAAAUACAAAUACCAUAGCUGUGAUACCAACUGAUAAUCUUACAAGGUCUUAUCCAUUUACGUUUGAGCCUAAAAGACCAUUGUAUUGUCCUGUUUCUUCAUUUCACAUUGAUGAAAUGAGAAUAUAUGUCACAGAUUCACUUGGAAGGCCUGUAAAUUUCAACGGUAUAGAUUGGUUUAUGACUUUGAUACUUCAUAGUAUGUAAUAAGGGGAACCUACGGACAAGCCCUUCGGGCACCCCUCAACACCCCUCCCUUUAACGAAAUUGAGAUGAGAGAAUUGAUAUAAUAUACUAUUAUAAUAAAAAUGACGAGACAAUCAGAGUAUAAAAAGAGAUUUGACCCUGAAUUGGGUAGUUUUACAAAACAACAUAUUUAUGGCGAAGGAAUAACAGAUGUUUUUAAAUCGUUUGGAUCAAAAUUAUUUGGAAAGACAGUUAAAAAAGCUGCUAAAAAAGGCGUUGAAAAAGCAGUAACAGCAGCCGCAACAAAAACCGGUGAACAUGUUGGCAAAAAGGCCGGUGAUAAAAUAGUGAAAAUGUUAUCAAAGGGGGAAGCCCCCAAAACCCCCCUGCUAAACCCCCCUGCUGGGGGGAUUGCAUCCCCCCAAAACCCCCCUGCUAAAAAAAUAUCUCAACAAGAGAUAGAUCAAAUGUUGAAUAACCUUCUUAGUGGGGGUUCAACACGUAAGAGAAAAUUCUACAAUUAUUAAAUUGGGUACCCCCCAGCAGGGGGGUUUUGGGGGCUUCCCCCCAUAAAAUUAUAUAAUUAUUAAAAUAAAAUGAAGUCUUUUAGAAAUCCAAAAUAUUUAGACAGAUAUGAAGACGUUGUUUACGACCUGGAACAGACUUUAGAUGCGGCUCCAGCAAAUGCCGCUCACCAAACUAAAACAGGUCUUAGAUUUGUAGCUGAUAACACAGGAGAAUCCACUCCUUUUGAUUGGUAUAACGCACGAUUAUCAAUGGAUUUUAAAGUAAAUAAGCUGGCAGAUGGAGGAAAUAUAGCAGUUGCUGACCAUAAUGGAAUUGUAAAUGGUAGUAACUCGUUUAUAGAGAAAUUAAGUAUCCUAGCAAAUGGUCGAGAAGUUUAUAGUUGUAAUUAUGCAAAUCAUGUUGUAAAUAUUAAAAAUUUACUUGAGUAUAAUCCUUCAUAUGCCCAGAGUGUUGCUACAAACGAAUUUUAUUUUCUUGAUACUUCAAGAGCCGCAGAGGAAAGACCUGCUCAAGCAACUUAUAAUAAAGGUUUUCAUAGUAGGAAAUUACUAUUAGGUGUAUCAGCCACAGUAAACUGUGAAAUUCCUCUUAAUAGAUAUUCUUUCUUUGAAGCAUUGGAAGAUAAACUACUUCCUAAUACAAAAAUCGAGUUAAAUAUCGAGAUUGAAAAAGAUGCAAAUUUAAUUUUUAAAGCUGCUGAUGAUUGUAGAGUUAUUAUAACAAGACUACAACUUUUUAUUCCAAAACUUACGUUUAAUUCAGAAGGACAAAAGUUGUAUAUGGAAAAUUAUCUUAAACCUUACAAAUGGACAUAUUUGAAUGAAGUAGUUGAAAGGUCAAAUAAUACACAGCAACAGACAGGUCAUUUUAGAAUUACAAAUGCUAUUUCAAAACCACGCCAUGUAUUUAUUUUUGGAAUUGAUACGGCAAGAAUUGAUUCUCAAACGGCGAAUCCAUUUUUAUACGACACUUUUGAUCUGCCAAAUAAUGCUAAUAUAUCAAGAUGUUACCUGGAAGUUGCAAAUGGAAACGAAUACCCCGAUAUUCACUUUAAACCUUCUACAGAUAUGUCAAGAGUUUUUAGAAAUGUAAUGUCAUACGUCUAUGCAAAUAAUGAUUAUCAAGGUGGAACAUUACUUAAUAGAAGUAAUUUCAAAACUUUAUUUCCUUUUGUUUAUUUUGAUUUGACUAAACAGAAAAUGGAUAUAAAAGAUGGAGUCACAAAAUUAGCAUUUCAUUACGAAUUAUCUGCUAAUCCAAACGCUGAUUAUAAUAUUUACGCGCUAGUCUUGCAUGAAAGAGUAGCAGAAAUAUCACAACAAGAUGGAAAACUAUUGCUUCGUGCAUAAGGGAAUCCCUACCUUAGAUACACCGCAUAUGAUUACACAGAAUUUUCCACAAGUUGUUAUGAUUACACAGAAUUUUUCACAAGUUGUUAAAGUUACACAGAAUUUUUCACAAGUUGUUAAAGUUACACAACAUUUUUACACAACAUUCUACACAAGCUUUUAAAGUUACACAACAUUUUACACAUCAUUUUACACAUUUGUGAAAAAUUCUGUGUAAUCAUUUGAAUGGGGGGAUUGCAUCCCCCCAAAACCCCCCUGCUUCUAGAAGGUUCUAAUGACAAAGCAAUUUUUAAAAUUAGAUUUUGAAGAUAAAAUCUAAUUAUAUCAAACGGGGAAACCCCCUCCCUUCGUAGCGCCGCGUGAGGUUACACGUGAGGGAAAACAGCCGCCAUAACCCCCUUUCCUUGUCUACACCACGUAAAAUAAGAUUUUAAUAUAAACAUUAAAAUAAAAUGUCUAAUUAUAUGGAAUACGGAGUAAAACUUACUGAUGGCCAAAAGACAAAACUGGCUUCUGCGAUAAUAAAUCAGUCACCUUUGACUCUUCGAUUAAAACAUUCGCAUCUUAGAGGAAAUGAUGAGUUAAUGUUGACAAAAAGACAGAUUGCCAAAAUAAAUAAAUCUAUUGCAAAUGGCACAGGAUCUGAUAUAAAGAUAAGUAAAACUCAAAUUAGAAAAUCUGUAAAACACGGAGGAAACUUAUUUUCAUCACUUGCAUCUCUUGGAGCAAAAGUUCUUCCUUUCGCAAUAAAAGGAAUAAGUAAAGCUGUUCCCGCAUUAGCUACAGGAGCUGCCACUGCACUUGGUGAAAUAGGAUUAAAUAAAAUCUUCGGAAAGGGGGGACACUACGGUAUACCAAUUACACCAGAGUUUUUCCCAAUGCUACCACCAAUUGUAAGAGAAUUUACCAAAUCACAAAUAAAUCAAAUUAACAAAGCUUAUCAAUCAGGUAGUGGAGUAGUUAUAAAACCAACUCGUAAACAGAUAGAAGGAGGAUUUUUAGGUACACUUGCUUCUAUUGGUAUUCCAAUAGCAAUUAGUUUAGUAUCUAAGAUGCUUGGUGGGGGGCUUCAGGUUGAUAGACGUGGGUCAUCUAAUACAGCAAAUGUUUACGUUCCACCCACAGAUGGGGGAGGUUAUCCAUAUCAAUCACCUCCUUUUAUUGGAACAUGGUCCAACCCUAUAGGAAUGGGAGUUAAAAAAAAAAAGACCAAAGGCAAGGGUCUACUAUUAGGAAAAAACAGCCCAUUCAACUCAAUUCCCAUACUAGGAACAAUUUUAUAAUAAGGGGAACCUACGGACAAGCCCUUCGGGCCCCUAACACCCCUCCCUCUCAACUUAAUUUUGAAAUUAAGGCGUUGUCCAACUUUGACCUCAUGGAAUGGAUAAAAAGACUUGGUAUAAAAAAUUUCAGAGGAAUAUAUAGUCGUGAUGGACUACCUCAUAAAAUAAAAAAAGAAUGCGGAAUAAUUAAUCUAGAUGAUAUACAAGGUCCUGGAACACAUUGGGUUUGUUAUAGAAGCCCUGCUGGUGGGGAAAGUGGUUUGUAUGAGUAUUUCGAUCCGUUUGGACUGAUAAUGCCAAAUGAAGUAUUAGACUAUUUUCACACAGGGCCUGUAAAACCUAUUGUGUACUCAAUGGAUGAAAUACAAAAUCGCAGUACUGUUCUCUGUGGUUAUUGGUGUUUAUAUUAUUUAUUUGAGAGACAGCGGGGUAAUAGUAUUUUAAAUGUAAUACAUAACCCACAUUUUGAUGAUGAUAACAGCGAUUUCAUACAAGAAUACUUUGGCGGGUGAACCUACGGUUCCCCCGAAACCCCCUCCCUUGGCUACGCCGCGUAAUGUAAAAAUAAUAUUUAACAAAUAUUAUUUUUUUUAUUAUAUAAGGGGGACAUCCCUCAACACCCCCUGCUGCUACGCCGCAUUAGUUUACAGAAUUAAAUAAUUUCCUCGUACAACAUUUUUAAGCGUAUUAGAUUUCUCACUUAUUUCCAUAAGCAACUCAAAUACUUUUAUAAAUUUAUUAUCGUUUUCCAAUCUAGCAAAAUCAGCGUAUUCAUAACUCAUGUUUAGGCUAUUGUAUAUCUUUUGAAGCUCACUUUUGAGAAAAUUCGAUCUGGUAGUCAUAAUUUUUAUCUAAACGUUAUAUAAAAUGAAAGAAACUUAUUGUAUCGUAGAUAAAAGAGUAACUCCUUGUACAGAGCCAAGUGGUUACCAACAAGAUAAAAGAGGUAGAACUCAAUUCUUUUGUAGAUGCGCAGUUUGUGGAAAUAAAAAAGUAAGAUAUGUUAAAAUGGGGGGAGUGCCUCCCCCCAUAACCCCCCUGCAAACUGGAAGUGGAAAAAGAAAGUCAAAAAACUAAUUAGCCCGUCUGAAGGGGCGGGCGUCUUUGAUACAGUUGUUGGUACAGCAGUUGAUGGAUUUGUACAUUACGGGCUUCCUUGGAUGGGUAAAAAAGCAGUUGAAAUGGGGCGAUAUGGAGCAAGUGAGUUAAUGAGAAACAAAAAUCUUCAGAAGAAAGCUGUAAAUUAUGGAAUUAAUAAACUCACUCCAUUUAUUCAAGAUUCUGUUGGAACAGCCAUGGAUGAACUAUCAACAAAAGUGAGGCCAAAUAAAAAGUAUAAAACUGACAGAAAAGAUUUGGAUGGAGGUGCGAUUGAUAUACACAAGCAAAUUGGUAAAUUACCAAAACCAAAAGGUGGAUGGACAUUGCCAGGGCAUAAAUAUACAGGCCCUUAUAAUGAUCUUGAGAACCAAGUAAGAUAUGAUCCGGAAACCGGAGAAAUAUUAGAAAUUUAUGAUCAACCAACUGGGCCAACCGAUGCUGUUGCCAUGCAGCAUGAUGUUGAUUAUAGUGUUUGUGGUGAUGACCGAAAGUGUAAAAAUAAAGCUGACAUCAAGAUGGUAAAAUCGUUAGAUGCUAUUCCUUGGAAAGAAAGACAAUGGGGCCAUACUUUGGCUAGAACAAUAAUUAAUACUAAACAAAAACUUGGACUUGGUUUAAACGCGAGUCGGCGUUGAGUAGUGAUUGGUCUCAACAAUUAGCCGACGAACUUCACAAACCAAUCACAAGAAACUUUCAAAAAAGAUCAGUAAUCUCAAACGGGAUUGAUGAAAUCUGGGCUGCUGAUUUAGUUGAAAUGCAAAAGUUUAGUAAGUGGAACAAAGGUAUUAAAUAUCUCUUGAUGGUUAUUGAUGUGUUUAGCAAGUAUGGUUGGAUUAGAGGGCUGAAAGAUAAGAAAACUGAAACUGUUAGUAAAGCAUUCGAGAAUGUAUUCAAAAGUAAACGUAAACCUCAAAUGUUAUGGACUGAUAAAGGUUCUGAGUUUAUCAGUAAACAUUUCAAAGAGUUUCUGAAAAGAGAUGGAAUUAAACUGUAUCACACUGAAAAUGAAGAAAAAUCUAGUGUUAUUGAGCGAUGGAAUAGAACAAUGAAAAACAGAAUGUGGAAGAUGUUUACUGUGAACAACAACACUGUUUACUGGGAUAAGAUAGAUAAACUAGUUGAUGAUUACAAUAACGCUAGACAUUCAAGUAUAAAAAUGACUCCUGUUGAAGCAAGUAAAAAGAAAAAUGAAAAUAAAGUUUGGUCUAAUUUAUACGGUGAUUUAAUCUACUUGAAACCUGGUAAACCAAAGUUUGCAAUUGGUGAUAAAGUUAGAAUCUCAAAAUAUAAGAGGCGGGUAUUUGAUAAAGGUUACACACCAAACUGGACAGAGGAGAUAUUUGUGAUUGAUAAAGUUCUGCCAACAAAACCUGUUACAUAUAACAUCGUUGAUCUGAUGGGAGAAGAGGUUAAGGGAUCUUUCUACGAGCAAGAGUUACAAAAAGCAAAACAGCAAACAUUUAGAAUAGAAAAGAUUAUUAAGAGAGAUAAUAAGAAGAAAAUGGCAUUAGUAAAAUGGAGUGGUUAUCCUGAUAAAUUUAACUCAUGGGUAAGUUCUAAGGAUUUGGUUAAUUUUUAAUACAAAUAAUGUAUUAAAAAUAAAAUCCUAUUCACUCAUUUGGCUCUUCAUCAGAUAAAGUUAAAUCUUCAACUAAUUUCUCUAUAUCCUCUUCAUUAUCGCUUUGCUCUUCAUUGUCGCUUUGCUCUUCAUCUUCCUCUUCAACUGUUAGUAAAGACUCUCUAGGUUUGAGCGGUUUAACAUAGCACUCGUGAACUUUUAUUUGUAAAGAUGUCACAGUUUUACUUAUAAAAAUUCCUUCUAUUAUCAAUGCCAAUUUCACAUUACAAUACUGGUUGAUGAGUUUAAAAGGAUUUAGAUCCUUUCCCCCCUUUCCCUUAAACAAAGAUAAAAUUUUCUUUGAUUUUUCUGAGUAAAUAAGUUUUGCAUAAAGAACUGGUGCAGAUGAGGGAUCUUUUCUAGUUUUCUUCUUUCCUUUUUUAUCAGUGUACUCUUCUUGUUUGUAAUAUAACGGUGGGGAAAGAGAUGAGGCUAAAUCUGGUCCGUAUUCAUUCUCUAAAUGUUCUAUAGACAAAGAUGUUAGACUAUUAAUAGCACCAUAAAACGCUUUUUCUUUUUCAUUUGGUUCGCUAUCUUUUGCCCAAAGACAUACUGGCAUACUAUAUCCUACUAACUUUUUUGUUUCUUGAUUUCUCUUUUCACUAACACCAAAGCUAAAAAGAAAUGGGGUUUCGAUUACAAGUGGGCCUUUUUUGUUAUUUUGGUAUUUGAUUUCAAUUGGUAUACGCUUGUAUUUAAUGUUACUAUCUUUUACUUUUGACUCUUUUGCUUCUUUAAAAAUAACGGUUUCUUUGGUUAAAUGAUCGUAACUGGAUAACUGCAUUUUGUUAAUUAUAAUUUAUUUCUUAAACUACAAUUAAAAAAUCAAUUUUUUUUUGGCCAAAGAAGAUUAAUUGACCAAUAGUUACUCGAUUCUGGAUUUGUAUAAGUUAACUCUCCUUGUUUAUUUUUUAUCUUUGUAGCUCUAGCUAAAUAUUUAUCUCUUCUCUCUUUAUCCUUGUGUAUUAAGUAGUCUGGAUAUUUUGGAGAACCAAAAUGAACUUUCUUUCCACCUGGAAGUGUAGCCAUAUAUUUAUUAUUUUUUCUGGUAGAGUAAUCAAGUGAUUCUGCACCAAGUUUUUUAGCUCUUCUAGUUAAUCUUGUGAACUUGUCUCCUGUAAGAAUAAAUUUUUCGUUUGGAGGAACGUAAUCUGGAUCCUCAUCGUGUUGAUAUCCAUCAUCAACUAUAAAAUCCAAAUCCUCUUUUGUAGGAGUAGUUUCUCUAGAACGUGGUUCCAUUUUAUUUAUUGGUUAUAGUAAAACAAAAAUCUUAUAACAAAAAUGUUAUAGGAUUAAUCAUCAAAAAAUUCUACAUCUAUUUAGGAAUGGUACUAUGUUAGCAGAUAUUCUAAUAAGAUACUAAAGCCUGAAAUAAUAAAGAAUGGCUAUUACAGGGUUUGUCUUAUGAGAUCAAGAAUUAUCUAUAUCAUUUUCUGCAUCAGAAUCAAAAUCUAAAUCUUCAGCUAAUUUAUAACGGAAAAACUGAUUAACAAAGGCAUUCUUGAAUUCAGGUAAUCCUGGGUAUUUUUCAGGCUUCUUUUUUCUUAACAAGUUGUACCUUAACUGCCUAAUGUCGGCUAUAUCUGAAAUAUCAAUGGCUAAAUCUGUUUCUUCAAUUAACUUUCUAAUAAUCUCCAUUAUUUCCUUAGCCAAAGAUCCUUCAAAUACAUCAUCAAAAUAUUCACUCUGUGUUGUUAACAAUAAAUUCAAAUCUCGACAUUUUUUAUUAAGAUCAACAUAGAUAUUGUAAACUUCAAGUUUAUGACCUGUAUAUACUGGUAAAAUUUCACCUCUUGGAGUUACUCUUAACGGCAUUUUAAUUUAAUGGUUAUAUUAAAACAAAAAUCUUAUAACAAAAAUGUUAUAGGAUUAAUCAUCAAAAAAUUCUACAUCUAAUAGUGUAUUAAAUUUGUCUGCAAAAUGUAACUCUGUGAGACAAUCUUCAUCUUUCAUCAUACUAAAUUCUGUAAUGUUUGGGAAUAUUAUUUCAAUAUUCUCAUACGCUUCAUCAUAAGAUUCUUUUACUUUAACUUUAUCGUAAUUACUGAAAAAUGCCUUCAUAUCCAUUAUUCCAAGUGCAAAUAGACCGAUAAUCUUUUUAGCACUUUUAUCAAUUGCUUUGAGUUUUUUAUAAGCAACUUCACUCUCAAAUACUAAACCGUGUUUUGUGUAAGGUUUGGUACUAUAUUUCGCAAACCUUUCAUCUUCACUGUUACUUUGCGAGUUAUUUGCGUUACUUGCGGAUUUGAGCCCCAUCUUAUAUAAUUUCUUUGUAAUCUUUAAGCUUAAAAUCAAUUUUAUUUUUUGAAUCACUCUGGUUGUUUAUUUUUAUAGUAGUUAUAUAAUGAGCUAUACCCGCUAAUCUCGUAAAUUUAAGGUACCCCCCUUGCGAAACAGGGUUGAGCAGGGGGGUAACUUAAAAGUAAUGAGGGGUGAGCGGGAAUAGCUCAUUAUAUAACUACUCACUGUUAAGUAUGUUCGGUGUGUUGAUCUUGAGUUCAAAUCCGUUCGAAAAUGCAUUAAAACUACUCAUGCUGACGAUUAGCUGUUUUAAAGGUACAGGUCCUUAUUUUACGUCGGUAACUUGUGAAAGGACUAAAUCUGACAAACCUGAGGCCAACGGUGCGCUCAUUCUAUCCCCCAUCACUCUUAACUCUCUUGCCAUUAGUGCUCGGUUUUACGCGUAUUCAGUUGGGUACUGUUUAAAAAACGAGUAUCAUCAGGUUUACAAACUCGAGGCGAAGCCGAGAGAGAGUUCUUAAACCUGAUAAUACACGACUGCGAGUGUUUUGAACGGGUUCAAAAUCUCUGAUAUAGAUCAACUCAUUCUUGCACUAAUAUUUAGAUUUGGGGUUAUUUUGGUCUAAAAAUUUGGACGUAAAGUUUAUCCGUGUCUCUAUCAUCUAUAAAGACACUCAUUAAACAUUAAAUUCUUUUGUUUUUCUUUAUGGAUUAUAAAGGAGUUUUUGAAAGCUACUUAAAUCCACACAGAGAGGAAGUUAAAA